UCACUCUCUCGUGCACACACGCGCUCAGCGCUCUGCAAAACACACCAUGCGUACCUGUCCGGAGUUAUUCUUACUUCCCAUCUUGGAUUUUUCGGACGCAUCUGGCUGAAAAAAAAAAAAGAAUUAAAAAAAAAAAAAAAAAAAAAGAGACACCGACGCUCCCGAGGAUACUCCAACCUGCUGGCUUUGAAUUUCUUUAUUGUUUGAUUGAACGUGGAAAGCUGAUCGCAAAGAGGGGUUUACUACAACAAAGCCUUUGCCAUGACGGUGGACCUGUGAGGUCAAGAAGCUCCCAAGCAAACCUUUGAACUUUUGUGCUCGGUGAACCGCAAUCAUUGUCCAACCAUGAGGAGGUGCUCUCACGUUCUGCCUCUCGCUGUGCUCGCUGCUCUGCUGCUGUCUCAGGUCUGCUCUGGCAUCAAAUGGCUAGCAAUAUCACAUACACCCAAGACCUUACACAUCAACCAGACCCAACACUGUAAGCUGUUGCCCGGCCUGGUGUCCUCCCAAGCUCAACUGUGCCGCAGCAACAUGGAACUCAUGCAAACCAUCAUCCAAGCAGCCCGGGAAGUCAAGAAAACGUGUCAAAAGACCUUUGCUGACAUGCGCUGGAACUGCUCCUCCAUAGAGCGUCCCAGCGAUUCCUCCAAGUAUCGUCCAGACCUUGACCGAGGAACAAGGGAGUCUGCAUUUGUCUAUGCCCUUUCCGCUGCCACCAUUAGCCACACCAUCGCAAGGGCGUGCACCACUGGAGAUCUGCGCCUGUGCUCAUGCGGUCCGAUUCCAGCUGAGAUCCCGGAGCCCGGCUAUCGCUGGGGGGGCUGCGCUGACAACCUCCAUUACGGGUUGGUUAUGGGUUCCAAAUUUGCGGAUGCUCCCAUGAAGAUGAAACGUGCAGGCUCCCAUGCCAACAAACUCAUGCACCUACACAACAGUGAAGUUGGCAGACAGGCAUUGAGGGAGGGGGUGGUAAUGAAGUGUAAGUGUCAUGGCGUAUCCGGCUCGUGCUCCAUAAGGACUUGCUGGAGAGGCCUUCAGGACCUGAGAGAGAUCGCCAUGGACCUGAAGACGAAGUACUUGUCGGCUACCAAGGUGGUUCACAGACCCAUGGGGACACGCAAGCAACUGGUGCCCAAAGACAUUGACAUCAGGCCUGUGAGGGAGAAUGAGCUGGUCUACCUGCAGAGUUCCCCAGACUUCUGCACCAAGAAUGACAAACUGGGUUCAGUCGGCACACAGGACAGGCAGUGUAACAAAACUUCAGCUGGCAGUGACAGCUGUGACUUGAUGUGCUGCGGCCGUGGCUACAACCCGUAUACGGAGAAGCUCGCGGAACGCUGCCAUUGCAAGUACCACUGGUGCUGCUACGUAACCUGCAAGAAGUGCGAGCGGAUUGUGGAGCGAUACGUCUGCAAAUGAGUCCGUCGCCUGUACCGAGCCGCAGAUGAACCGAAGCGCUACAAUACCCAGAAGGCAAACCUUUGUCUUCAACUUUAGCAUGUGUAUUUCACCAUGACGUGGUGUAUCCUUGUGUCAUUAUUACUUUAGUAAAGAUUUUCCAAACUGCCAGUUGGGUUUCUACUGGACAUGGAAAGUGACGACAGUUUAUGCGAAGACAGCCGUCCUCCUGGGUAGUUUCCUUUUCCUGUUAAUGACCAUGAAUUCUCCCAGCGUGGAUAAGGAAGGUCUAUUUUAUUAUUGCGCUAAUAAAAAGUAAUAACAUUGGAUCUUAAAGCUGGAGGAGAAGGGUGAUGUCGUAUCUCCCCCUAGACAGAAAUCUGUGGACUUGUGGGAAUUUUUAUUUUAAAAAUUUUUUUUUUUUUUUAGGUACAGUUGAUACUUUUUUUCCUUCUGCAUCAACGGACACCAGAGGAAAAGCAAAUAAAGGGAACGUAGAGUACUUUUUCAAACACAGACUAUUUUGGACUUUGGACCCGCACAUUCGUCGUGUGUGUAUCUUCAACAUGACUUUUUUCAUUGUGGACUGAAAGAAAGGGAAAAAGUACUUGCAGAUUAAUCAUCCUUUACAUCUUGACAUGCAGUGACUUCAAAAUAUAUUCUAUUAUCAAGAGCAUUAUGAACUCAUGGAUUUUCUAAACCACUUAUG